UUUAUAUAAAACUCUCUUACACGCAUAUGAGUGUCUAUGAAUUUGUUUCUCUAGUCAACCCAGACUAACACACAAGGGAUACAUCUGUGUUGCCCGAGAAAAGAAGAUCAUCAUCCCUGGAGCUGCAGAACUAUUGGAAGGAGUCUGAGAAGCAAGGUCUUCUUGGGUUUCGUGGGUGGGGUCAUGGUCUCCUGGAUCUCAGGUUCCAAAACGUCAGCUCUUCACCAGCUUCACUCCGAGAAAAGGAACUAAAUAGAUUCUGCUCUUCAGACCCUUGUAUCUCUCCCCACAACGACCAGUGACUGGGACAUUGAAUCUGGAUACGGUGUUCCAGCCGACGGGGAUGGCAUCUUUUCUGAAACACCUGGGCCCUGCCUUGGUCCUCCUGUUCUCCUUAUGGGAACAAUUUACACAAGGCCAGUGUGCCUCCUCACGUCUGUUCCUGAAACAGCACUACCUGAGCACAUCAAAGGAGUUCAAGCUGUACAAAUGUGAUGCGCUCAUGAAGGAGAGAGAGGGCCUGAAAGACAGGGAGAUCUUCAUGUUCAUCUACUCCGGAUGGCACCAGAUUGACGGUGUGUGCAGGAAGACUUUUACAGAACGGUACAUCAAUGUGUACGUGCGGAAAGAUCAACCUUUCAAAGUACUCCUCUGUUUUAAGAGGAGUUCAAAGCCCGCCUACAUAGAGAGAAGGAUGUACACUUACCUUCAGUUCCACUGUGACAUGGACGGCUAUGUGGAUGCCAUGGAAGACGUAACAUUAUAAACAUCGUCCACCCCUAGAAAGGCUCCUCCCGUCCCUAGGUAGUAAGUAUAUUGUCCAGUGCUUCCCAAGUGGCAGGGUCUGCCGACACCACCAGGCCUCACCCCUCCCUCCUGUACACUUCCUGUGCUGCUGUUUCCAAACUAUCUAGACAUACAAUGCAUACAUUGUUUCUCGAUUCCAUAACUUUAUGUAGACUGUUCUCUGCCUGAAACACCCCUACCCCCUGUGCUCAUUGGCAUUAUUUAUUCCUAGAUCUCCCCCCAAGAUUAAACUCCAAGUCUGAGCCCCCAAUAAAAUGAUUUUUAAAAGAAGGAAAAGA